CAGCCUGAGACAAGCCCUCCUCCAAGCUGCACCAAACUCAAGCCUUUAUUCGGCUGCCUUCCCGGCUUCUCUUCCCCACGCUGGGGGUCUGGGUAGACGCACCUGGGUUCUGAAACACAUUCCGAGACCUCUCAGGGUCUGAAGAAGACCCGCAGGACAGCAAUGGCGCCUGGACAGAGGGGCGCGGACUACAGAGGAUUCCUGCUGCUCGCUGUCCUCCUGGGGACGCAGUGGGAGGCCUGGGCAGGACAGAUCCUCUACUCCGUGUCUGAAGAGACAGACAAGGGGUCUUUUGUGGGAAAUAUCACCAAGGACCUGGGACUGCAGCCUCGGGAGCUGGCGGAGCGCGGAGUCCGCAUCAUCUCCAAAGGUAAGAGCCAGCUUUUCUCCCUGAAUCCGCGGAGCGGCAGCCUGGUCACCGCGGGCAGGAUAGACCGGGAGGAGCUGUGCGCUCAGAGCCCGCGGUGUCUCGUGAGCUUUAACAUCUUGAUAGAAGACAAAAUGAACCUUUACCCUAUAGAAGUGGAAAUAAUGGAUAUUAAUGACAACGCUCCCAGAUUCUUAACGGAAGAAAUAAUCAUAAAAGUAAUGGAGAAUGCAGCUCCUGGGGUGCGGUUUCCAUUAAAGGAAGCAACAGAUUCGGACGUGGGCACGAACUCCCUCCAGAGAUACCAGCUCAGCCCCAGUCACCACUUCUCCCUGGUUGUGCAAAGUGGAGAUGAUGGAACUAAGUACCCAGAACUGGUGCUGGAGAAGGUUCUGGAUCGAGAAGAAGAGGGGGUUCACCAUCUGGUUCUCACGGCCUAUGAUGGCGGGGACCCACCCCGAUCUGGCACCGCUAGCAUCCGCGUGACCGUGGUGGAUGUGAAUGAUCACGUGCCAGUCUUCUCUCUGCCCCGGUACCAAGCAACAGUCCCUGAGAACGUGCCAGUGGGUACAAGACUUCUCACAGUAAAUGCUAUCGACCUGGAUGAGGGAGUCUAUGGGGAAGUGACUUACUCUUUCUGGAAAAUUACCCCAGAACUUCUACAGAUAUUCCAUCUGGGCUCCCUUACAGGAGAACUGUCGACUUUAAAAGGUCUAGAUUAUGAAGAAUCCAGCUUCUAUGAACUGGAAGUUCAGGCUCAAGAUGGUGCUGGUAGUCUGGCCAAGGCAAAAGUGCUGAUCACGAUUUUAGAUGUGAAUGACAACGCCCCAGAAGUGACUGUCACAUCUGUGAGCAGCCCAGUCCCUGAAGAUACACCACCUGGGACAGUGGUCACUCUCUUCUACCUCCAAGACAAAGAUUCGGGGCAGAACGGUGAGGUGACCUGCUCUUUUCCUGAAAACCUGCCUUUUAAAUUAGAGCGCUCAAUUGAUAAUUAUUACAGGUUGGUGACAGCGCAAAAUCUGGACCGGGAAAAGGUGUCUGUGUACAACAUCACAUUGAAAGCCACAGAUGGUGGAAUCCCUCCCCUGUCCACAGAAACUCACAUAUCCAUUCACGUGUCAGACACCAACGACAACCCACCCACCUUCUCGGACUCCUCUUACUCCAUCUAUAUCCCUGAGAACAAUCCCAGAGGAGCCUCCAUCUUCUCCGUGACUGCACAAGACCCCGACAGUGACAAGAAUGCCCAAGUCACUUACGCUCUAGCCGAGGACACCAUCCAGGGGGUACCAGUGUCGUCCUAUAUCUCCAUCAACUCUGACACUGGUGUCCUAUAUGCACUUGGAUCCUUUGACUAUGAGCAGUUUCGGAAUCUACAGCUAAGAGUGACUGCACGAGACAGCGGGGACCCACCUCUCAGCAGUAAUGUGUCACUGAACCUCUUUGUGCUGGACAGGAAUGAUAAUGCCCCUGAGAUCCUGUACCCUGCCCUCCCCACUGAUGGUUCCACGGGGGUGGAGCUGGCUCCUCGCUCUGCAGAGCCUGGAUAUCUGGUGACCAAGGUGGUGGCUGUGGACAAAGACUCGGGCCCGAAUGCUUGGCUGUCCUACCGCCUGCUCAAGGCCAGUGAGCCAGGGCUCUUCUCAGUAGGUCUACACACAGGCGAGGUGCGCACAGCAAGGGCCCUUCUGGACAGAGAUGCACUGAAACAGAACCUUGUGGUAGCUGUGCAGGACCACGGCCAACCCCCACUCUCGGCCACUGUGACACUCACUGUGGCUGUGGCCAACAGCAUUCCUGAUGUUCUGGCAGACCUAGGCAGCAUCAGGACCCCCAGUGAACCUGAUGAUUCAGACAUCACUCUCUACCUGGUGGUGGCCGUGGCCACUGUUUCCUGUGUUUUCCUUGUCUUUGUCACUGUGCUAGUGGCUCUCAGACUGUGGCGUUGGCACAAGUCACACGUGCUACAGGCUUCAGGUGGUGGGCUGGAAGACAUCCCUGCCUCACACUUUGUAGGUUUAGAUGGGGUCCAGGCUUUCCUACAAUCAUAUUCCCAUGAGGUUUCACUCACUGCCGACUCUCGAAAGAGCCACAUUAUCUUCCCGCAGCCCAACUACGUGGAUACACUUAUCAGCCAAGACAGCUGUGAGAAAAGUGAUUCUUUGUUAACAUCCAUAGAUUUUCAAGAAUGUAAGGGUGAAAACCCAAGUAUUCAGUGGAAAUGAGAAUCAGAUAAUACUACUAUAAAGGAAUUACUCAAAUUUAUUUAUGGAAAAUAAAAUGAAUUGGAUGACGAGUAUGAAUCGCACCUUUGACAAACCACAUUGCAUCCAGUCAUGGUAGUACACAGCUUCAACACCAGCUCAUGAGAGAAAGAGGCAGGUGGAUCUCUGUGAUUCAAGGCCAGCCUGUUCUACACACUUCUAGGACAGCCAGGCUCUGUAGAUAGACCCUAUCUCAAAAGAAGAAAGAAAGAAGGAAAGAAAGAGAAAAGAAAGAAAGAGGAAGGAAAGAAAGAAAAAAAAGAAAGCAACAGAAAGAAAGAAGAAAAGAAAAGGAAGAAGAGGAGGAGAAGGAAGAAGAAAGGACAUAUUUCAACAUUAUUGACACUGUUAGAAAAUAAAGUAUGAAGUAUAUCAGACUGGAUGUACCUAGAAAAAGAUAAAACAUUAGGAAUAAGAAAGAAUGAAAAUUAUCCUACUGUAUUGAUGCUGAAUAAAUAUGCAAUGUUAUUGCUCCCUGAUAUUACUUAGGCCAAGACUGGAUUACAGUCAUGUUUGGCUCACUAGUGUAUUAAAGAUUAAAGCAUGUUUAUGUCAACAGAUACUAUGCCUUUAGAUACACAAUCCUAAACUUGUGAUUUAAAAAAAACAUUUCUGACAAUAUAUUUUGAACGUUAUUAG